CGCCCACUAUUUAACAGACAGCUCUAUACAAGCGAGGAGGUGAGACAACUCACUUGAAACCGGUUGAUAAAAUCAACAAACAGAAAAGGUGGACUGGCGUUAGGGCGAAAGAUUUUGCAAGUCAUUAUUUGAAUGAAGUUUUGGUAACAGAGGCUAGAGGAAUGGAUUUAUUCAGUAUUUCGAAUCACUUGGAUUUGCAAUUUUGGGAAAAGAAAGGUGACAUCCCCAAUGACUUCAAUAAACUUGGUUACAAAGAGUAUCACGUGACGAGAGCAAACUUCGAAGGUGAAUCUUUGACGUACUACCUAAGCACAGAUAAUGGUGAUGUUAAGGUGGCAACAUUAAACGGCCUUUCUGGAAAGAUCGACCCCCUUAAACAGAUAAACAAGUGCUAUUUGCUGAUUGAAGAAGACCCAAAUAUAGAGCUGAAUGACAAGAAAGUGCCUGGAAGGAUAACUGGAAUUGCAGUGGAUGAUGAUUGGGUUGAGUACAAAAGAUAAGGCAGCUCCUUGUUCAAGAAAACAAGAGGAUUGGGUUUUGUAUUAAAUGGAAUAAUAGAGUAAAUCUGAGUAACAGUUUGAUGGAACUUCAUAUGUUUGGUAGACAGCAACUCUGGCUCUGAAUAACAGAUUAAUUCAGUUUACAGAUUGAAGAGUCAACAAAUAAAGAAUUUGCUGUCAAAAGAAAGCUUGCAGACAAUGUUUAGAAAACCCCUUUGAAAUUUGAAUUGAAUAUUUAGAUUUCUGAGGUUAUAUUGAAUAUUGGUUUUUCACAACUAAUCAUAGACAGAUUUUAAGUACUGUCAGAACUUCUUUGAUACAAUUACUUUCUACACACUUCUUGCUUUUGCCUAUAAUUUCUUUACAAGUAGCAAAAUUUGUUGAGAAAUACUAAUCAAAGAUAUUUCAAUAUGAUUAAUGUAAAAAUUGUCUUUUUUGCUUUCUUCAUAUAAUGACAUAUUUAUAGAAAAGGCACACAUAGACCAGCAU